CACCGACCCCUCCCCGUUAAGCCCCGCCCACCCCCGCUCAGAGCGGCGGCACCGAGAGCCCGAGCGGCGGCACCGGCACCGGCACCGGGAGCGGCACCGGCAGCGCCCGCGGCCGCCAUGGCCGAGUACCGCACUCUGCUGGAGGAGCUGGCCCAGAACAUCACAGCCGAGGACCUGGAGCAGCUCAAGUCCGCGUGUCGCGAGGACAUCCCCAGCGGGGAGGGGGACGCCAUCGCCACCGGCCACCACUGGUUCGCCUUCCUGGAGCGCCACAGCAAGCUGGACCGAGACAACCUGUCGUACAUCGAGCACAUCUUCGAGAUCUCGCGGCGCCCGGACCUGCUGACCAAGGUGGUUCAGUACCGCACGCAGGUGCUCAAGAUCUCGGAGGAGGACGAGGUGGACACCAAGCUGACGCGCAUCCCCAGCGCCAAGAAGUACAAGGACAUCAUCCGGCAGCCCUCGGAGGAGGAGAUCAUCAAACUGGCCCCUCCCCCGAAAAAGGCCUGAGCAGGAGGAGCAGCCCCCCAAAAACCCCCGAGCCCCCUCCCCAAAUUCCAGCCCUGGGGGAGGGGGGGAGGGGCACCCGCAGCGUCUUAAACCCCCUCCCAAAAAAAUGGGGGAGGGGGAUUUGGGGGAGGGGCAAUUCCCCAAUUUGGGACCCCACCCCAAAAAUGGCUCGAUUGGGGGAGGGGAGGAAUUGGGUGAGUUGAGGGGGGAGGGGCAUAAAAAAUGGGACCACCCCUCCCCCCCCCACAUCACAAUUUGGGGGGGUUGAAAUUAUUGGGGACCCCCCCCCCAAAUUCUAAAUUUUGGGGUCACUUGAGCCCCCAACCCAAAUUUUGGGGGGGGUCACACCAGGACCCCCAACACCCCAAUUUUGGGGGGGUCAGAGAUAUUUUGAGACCCCUGACCCCAAUUUUGGGGGGGUCACAAGCACCAGGACCCCCCCAAAUUUUGGGGGGGGGGGGUCACAGGAAGGUUGGGGGAGGUCAGGAGGGUGCUGAGGUCAGGAUUGAUUUUUUGGGGGGGGGGGGACACCCCAAAACCCCCCCAGGGGCUGCAGCAGGAGGGGACAAGGAGGUGACAAAAAGGAGGGGGAGGGGCAGUGAGUGGUGACCCCCCAAAAUUGGGGGAAAAAAAACCCAAAAUUGAGGAAAAAAAACAAACAAAAAUUCAAUUUUUUGGGGUGGGGGAAGAAGUGGUGACCCCCAAAAUUGUGGGAAAAUCCAUCAAAAUUAAGAAAAAACCCCAAAAUUUCAAUUUUUUGGGGGUGGGGCAGAAAGUGGGACCCCCCUAAAAUUGGGGAAAAAAUCCCCCCAAAAUUCCUAUUUUUGGGGGGAUGGGCAGCAAGAAAAAACCCCUAAAACUUGGGGGAAAACCCCCAAAAUUUCCAUUUUUUCAGGGGGGCCCCCCCAGUAAUUUAUGAGGGGGGGGGAACCCCUCCCCCAGUACCCAACUGGGAGGGAGGAGCCCCCAAACUGGGCGGGGUGGGGGAGGGGAUUUUGGGGGGGGGGGUUCAGGUUUAGUUACUAACCCGGGGUGGGGGAGGGGGAUGCAGCAGAGUUAAUUAAAUGUUAAUUAAUUAAUAUAUUUUAUUUAAUAAAAGCUAAAACCCGCAGCAGCCACCGGCUCGUGUGUCCCCUCCCCCCCUCCCCAAAUUUUUCCCUCUGCCCCUCCCCCCACCCACAUUCUCCCCUCCCCCCCCCAGUGUUUAUUUAUUGUCCCCAACCCCAAGAAUGUCCCCAAAUCUUUGUGAAAAACGCUGGAUUUGGUGAAAAAUCGACUGUUUUUGACCCCCCAAAAAAUUCCCUCCCCCUCCCCCCACCACAAAAAAAAAAAAAAAAAAAAAAAUUCCCACCCCUCCCCCCCCAGACCGUGCUGACUGUGUAUUGAUAAAGAUGGAAAAAAGUUGUUCUGUUCGAGGGUUUUUGGGGGAAAAUCUGGGGAAAAUGGGGAAAAAAAUAAAUGGGGGAGGGGUGGGGGGGUGGGGUAAAAAUUUUGGGGAGUCCUGGGCUCGUUGAGUCGGUUUUUAUUGCAUUUAUAUAGAAUAUAUAUCCCAACUUUUACAGCUCUGCCAGGGACAACUCCCAGGCCCAUUUGGUUUUUUUUUUAAUACAAUAUAAAAUUAGGCCUCUAAACAGGGAAAUUUUGGGGGUUUUCCCCCCAAAAAACCCCCCUGAACCCCUCCCCCCCCC